AUGGCGAUGAACGUAAGGAAAGCAGAUGUAUUUUAUGAACGUGCUGAUUUUUGCGAUCUGUACCUUCGGCCUGUAACGUACGCAAACAGCAGUGAAUAUCUCGCUCGGAUAGCAGGUCCUGAGUGUAUUUUGAAGCCUCCUCUGAAUCUGCUGGGUCAGCAGCAACCUCAGACCUUCCAGCCUGUAUCUCCUGCCCAGGCAGUUGGCCCAGCACCGGUUCUGAUGCCCCAAGACCCCCUGGCUUUCCCUCUUUGCAGUGCCUUUUCUGCCAAACCUCCCCCACACGUGCAGCUGCUUCAAAACCUGGCCAUCACAGUGCCCCCCAUCUCCAGCUCCAUGCCCCCAGAGAUCGAGUGCCAGGAAACAAGCAACGAUCAGGAUGCUACUCUAGAGGAGCUCUGUAGACCUCUAUACUGUAAACUGUGCAAUGUGACACUUAACUCAGCCCAGCAGGCACAGGCACACUAUCAGGGCAAAAAUCACAGCAAGAAGCUGAGAAAUUUUUAUGCUGGCAGUCAGCAGCCACCCCCUAUACGAGUACCUGAGGACGUAGAGCCAGUUUCACAGCAGUCCCUCUCUAGUCCACCUACAGAGAUUGGCACUGCAAUGGGCAAGCUGCCGUCUUUCACUGGCCUCAGCAGGGUUAUCCUGGCCACAGAAAAUGACUACUGUAAGCUUUGUGAUGCCUCCUUUAGCUCACCCGCUGUGGCUCAUGCACACUACCAGGGCAAGAACCACGCCAAGCGGGUGCGGCUGGCCGAAGCCCAGAACAACACCAGCGCUUUAGAUGCAACAGACCUCACGCUGAAGCGCUCUAGAAAAGAAGGGAACGAGUACAGACUCAACAAGAACCGCAGGACAAACAUGAACACAGCUGUACCAGGGCCAUACUUCAACCCACGGCCGAGGCAGCGAAUCCCGCGGGACCUUGCCAUGUGUGUUACUCCCAGCGGACAAUUCUACUGUUCAAUGUGCAACUCGGGCGCCAGCGAGGAGGCUGAUUUCCGUCUGCACCUAGAGAGUAAGCAGCACAAGAGCAAAGUGUCUGAGCAGCGCUACCGCAGUGAGAUGGAGAAUCUGGGCUACAGCUAA